AAAAGGGCUUUUGAGAGAAAUGACACAAUACAUGGCUUCAACCGAUAUCAUCACGGUUCUGUUUACAGGCGAUGGUGGACGUAUCUCGGCUACUUUCACAUGGUGGAAUGUCGCUGUAGCAGCUGCAUUUAUCCUCAUCAAUGUCUUUAUGUCCAUGUCGCUGCGGUUAAAGCUCGAAGGUCCAUUACUCAUCAGCUCGAUACGAUGUGUUAUACAACUUACGCUUAUGGGCCUCAUUUUGCAGGAUGUCUUUCGAGCACAGAAUCCAUAUUACGUUGCAUUUAUGACAGCUGUUCUAAUACUAUUGAGUACGUAUGAGACGGUAUAUGACAAAUCGGAUCGCACCUGGCAUGGAAUGUUCAUGACAGUCCUUGUCAACACUGCAUUUUCGACACUUUUGAUUGGCAUCAUUGGCACACGGUGGGCCAUGGAAGAAAAGAACUUUUGGGUACCAGAAAUCUUUAUUCCGACCAUUGGUCUAUUACUCGGCAUUACUACUGGCUCUAUGGCUGUCAGCUUAGAUAAUUGUCUGACCGAGCUGACUGAGAAUCAAGGUCGCAUUGAGACGUAUCUGGCAUACGGCGCUACGCGAUUUGAGGCCUCGAGAUCGAUUGCUAUUGACGCUGUACGACUAGCGAUGUUGCCCACAAUUAAUCGCAUGUCGAUCGUUGGUCUCAUCACCAUACCAGGCACCAUGAGUGGUCAAAUAUUAAACAACGUUCCCAUCAUGAAUGCGGUUCGCUAUCAGAUAGUCAUCUCUUUCAUGAUAUCAGCGAGUUCGGGUAUAGCUGUCUUGGGAGUUGUAGCAAUGUGUAUGCAUGCAAUAGUUGAUGGGAAACAUCGCUUGCGAGCAGAGCGUGUAAACAAAGUCCAUAUACCUAUACUCUACGAUAUCAAGCGUUUAAUUAUUGGUGUGUGGAAGAAGGCAACACGUACACUAUGUGGUUGUUGUAAAAGAUCCUUGAAAAGCGCAGACGACGAACGACGACCAUUAUUAUCCAGCAAUCGAGUGGAUGAGGAUUAGUCUUUAGCAAUAACAGCAUGGACGACAAAAGCUGUCACCUGGCUACACAAGGCGAAAGCGAUGCACCUCACUUUGAUUCCAAGGGUCUGCUGAAAAAACGGAGACUUGAAACGGAUGGGAGCAGCUUUAUAAGCACCAGAUUGCCUUUGUACGUACUGAUGUGUGGUUCUUAAUAAUAACGCAUUCAGCUAACAGCAUGAAAUAGAGUAAAAAUGAGCCCAUAUUAAAUUAUGUGUAGUACUAAGAUAAAAUUUGGAACCAUAUCCUUGAUGAAAUAAAGAUUAAAAC